AUGAAAGACUAUAAUAUUUACAAGAAUAGUAGCACUCAACAGCCAGUGAUGCAAUCACAACUUUCUUUAGCAUUAGCUAAACAAAGUCAUAGUGUAAAUACAGAGGUGAGCAUUGGAAAGAAAGAUGAAUAUAACGACUUUAAUGAUGAUGACGAUGAUGACGAUGAUGACGAUUCUUCAUGUGAUGAGAAGAAUGAAGAGUCCUUAAAAGAUUAUAAACCUGGGGGUUAUCAUCCUGCGUUCAAAGGUGAGUUAUAUAAAGACGGGAGGUACAUGGUGGUGAGGAAGUUAGGUUGGGGUCAUUUCUCGACUGUUUGGUUGGCUAAAGACGAACUUUCAGGUAAGCAUGUUGCAUUGAAAAUAGUGAAAAGUGAUAAAAUAUAUUCAGUAGCUGCAAUUGAUGAAAUUAAAUUGUUGACUAAAAUUAAUGAGCAGAAAGGUUACACCCACGUUUUGAAUCUACUGGACGAUUUCGUCCAUGAAGGACCAAACGGUCAACAUAUUGUAAUGGUAUUCGAAGUUUUGGGCGAAAACUUAUUAGCUUUAAUCAAAAAAUAUGAACAUAGAGGUUUGCCAAUACCAUACGUUAAACAAAUAGCUAAACAGCUACUAUUGGGUCUAGAUUUUCUACAUAGAAAGUGUGGUAUCAUUCAUACAGAUAUUAAACCAGAAAACGUGUUGAUGGAAAUUGGAGACGUGGAAAUGAUAGUUAAAGUAGUAGAACUGCUAGAUAAAAAGAAGAGGAGCAUGAAGAAAUUACAGCAACAGCAGUUAAGUCUCUCUCGCCAUGCAACAGAUUCAUUAGAAAAUCUCGAUUAUCACAACAAUAGUAUAAAUAUGGACUCUUCUAUGAAUGACAUAAAGAAUACGCCAAUCUCCGGAAGACCACAACGAAUCGUAAGUAGAAGACCUAGAAGAAACACAAUUAUUACGAAUUCUCAACCAUUACCUUCUCCACUAAGUUCAUCAAACUUUAUCGAAAUGAAAAAUCAUUUACUGAAUAACAAUCCAGGUAUGCAUCCGUUGAAUAGUCCUGUCGGUAAUAUAAGUAGUGCAUCAGAAUCCUCUACGACAUCUUCGGUAAACAUUUCAACUAAUAGUGCUCAUUCGAAUUUCUAUCAUAAUGGCGGUCUAUCAAAGAGACAAAUGGAUUCCUCUAAUAUAUAUCCAAAAUCCAGUUCUGUAAGAGCUAUCGAUGCUACGGAUAGAUCCAGUGGCCUAAAUGAAAAUACUUUAAAUGCUCCUGAACUGCUAGCAAAUUCUCUUUCUUCAUUUGAACUAUCAGAGAGUAAAAUUGAUGAUCUAUCAAAUACCAUGAACCCAAGUAUUUCCAGUCUAGUAGAGGAAGAAGGUGUAGAUACUCAAAAUGAUGACAACAUCUUACACAUUAAAAUUGCUGAUUUAGGAAAUUCAUGUUGGUAUGAUCAACAUUACACCAACUCGAUUCAAACCAGAGAAUACAGAUCCCCAGAGGUCAUUUUAGGUAGUUCGUGGGGUUAUUCUGCAGACAUAUGGUCUGCUGCCUGUCUAAUAUUUGAGUUGAUCACAGGUGAUUUCUUGUUUGAACCAAGUGAAGGAAGCACCUACUCCAAGGAAGAUGAUCAUAUUGCUCAAAUUAUUGAGUUGUUGGGUACUUUCCCAACUUAUUUAUUGAACCAUUCCAAAUACGCUACAUCAUUUUUCAAUUCAAAAGGUCAAUUAAGAAAUAUUGCUAAGUUGAAGUUUUGGCCAUUAAAAAGUGUAUUAGUAGAAAAAUAUAAAGUUGAUCCUCAAGAAGCAAAACAAAUUAGUGAUUUCUUACAACCAAUGCUUGAGAUUGAUCCAAGAAAGAGAGCUGACGCAGGUGGACUAGUAAAUCAUCCAUGGCUAAAAGACACAUUAGGUAUGGAAGAUGUGACUGUUGACGAUAGAAUAUUAUAUGGAGACGGUAGCGAUAUCUUAGGAUGGUACCAAGAAGUAACUGGACAUCCAAAACACUAA